AUGACCAGGCUUGAGAAUCAGCAUGAGGAUGUCCUGGCCAUCAUCAAGGAUGACAUGGUGGACUUCACCAGCUCAGUAUGGGGAACACAGAAGGAGGAAGCACCAAUGGUGUACACACCCACUCCGAGCAACGAGUGGCAAGACAAGGAAGAAGAGAAGCAGGACAAGGCAAUGCAAGACAUCACUGACUGCUUCAGGAUGGAGGAUCUGGUGGAAACCACCCUCCAGGAGAAAGAGGACCAAAUAACAACCCUACUCUUUGAAGAAAUAAGGGAGGGAUGCAUGAAUGACCUAAAGGAGGACUUGAAGUGGUUUGAAGAUGAUGCACUCGAGUGCUGGAAUCACCAGAGUGAUUACUUCCUUGACCAGCAUGCCAACCCGGCCCAUACGAGGUACCCCAGAUAUGAGGCUCUCAAAGCAGCCGUACAGCAGAGAUUCUGGAAAGGACACCACCAGGACCUGAAGUAUCAGGAGUGGGAGGCGUUGAGGCAGUCUAGCUUCAAGAGCAUGGAAGAAUUCUUCCAGAAGUUCGAGGAACUCACUAAAGACACUGGAAAGCUGGGAAUCGAUGCUGACAUGCUUUGCAUAGCCCAAAAUGGCACCCGCAAGACCUUGCAGGACAUCAUCUAUCACUCCAAGGAAGCCCCCCUGACCAUGUACAAUGAAUGGAAGCAACAGGUCAAACAGAUUGACCUGAACUACCAUGUCCACCAUGCCAAGUUCAGCAAUGGACCGGCACCCAGAAGCAAGACCCCCUUGAACAACAACUCAAGUUGA